AUGAAUGGAUUAAAGCAGCGUGUCAAGGAACUCGAGCAGCUACUUAACGAGAAAGAAGGGCAAGCAUUCGCUGCAUUACGAGAACAACGGAAUAAAACUAAUGAAGCUGAAGCCAGACUGUAUGUGAUGGAACAAGAAAAGGUCGCACUCGAAGACGAAGCGCAACAAUGGAAAGUCAGAUUCGAAGCUCAGAAACAAGUUGCGGAAAAUCUAAGGAAAAUGGUCGAAGAUCGAGUUGCGGAAGGAAUACUCACCGCAGAAGACUACGGUCUGUCCGAGGAAGCAACUGAAAGGUCACGGGAACUAGCGGAAUUGAAAAAGGAGCGUGACUUUUUGCAGUCAAAAGUCAAAGAGGCCGAGAAGAAGCGUGAUGAAUCCCUGUCAAAUGCGACAUGGUUUACCGGAAAGGUCACCAGCCUGACGGCUGACAUUUCGAAAUUGAAGGAUGACCUUAAAUCACGUGAAAAACUGGUAAAUACGUUGCAAACGGAACUACAAGAGAGAAAAACGAAACAAAACGAAGCAGAAGGCCAGAGAGAUCAAGCAGCAAAAAGGCUCCUUGAACUGGCGGAAAAGACGAAAACGGAAUUCAAGCGACUCAAUGAUGAAGUCGAGAACCAAAAGAAAGAAGCAAAGAAGUGGCUGACCGUAGCACAACAGUGUGACGAACGAGUCACCGUGCUAGAGGUUGCAAAUAGAGAAGGGCAGAAAGAAACCGAAAAACAAAAAGAAGAGAUCGCCAAAUUGAGGGACGAACUCGUUGGAUUGGCCACUACAGGGAUAGAAAAAGAUGAUAAAAUCAAUACGGUUGUCGAGGAGUGCGAAGCGAAAGGAAGGGCCCUCGAGCACAGAGCGGAGCGUAUUACACGAUUAGAAGUAGAAGCUCAGAUCCUAAAAGCAGCAAAAAUGGACCUUGUUAAGACCCUCGAUCAAAGGGCAAACACAAUUAUGGAGCAGAUGAAAAAGGUCACCGAAGCAAAUGAGGAUUACGAGAAGUUGAGAAAGGAUGCAAAUGAUUUGCUGAAAGAAUUCCGACAGAUGGAAUCGCUGAACAAAACGCUUCAGGAGGAAAUCAAAACACUGAGAAGUUCAGCAAAAGCAAAAGAAGAAGAAACAGCUAAACAGUGGCAUAAAGAACCACAACGGAUAGAAUCUCCGCCCCCGGGAUAUGGUGAAGUCCUCUCAACAGAAGGUAGCUUUCACUUCAAAGUUCCUUUAAAGACGGAGACCGGCCGAAGUGACAGCAAGGACGAAGAAAAGGUCAAAACCGAAAAGGUCAAAGAAGAUCCCGAGUUAGCGAAGGGGAACUCGGGGUCGCAAGGCGGGGUCAAUCCUAAACAACACGAAACUGCAGAAACAAUCGUUUAUAAAUCUGACCACCAGCCGGAUAAGCGAGAAGAUCAGCGUGAUCGUCAACACGAGCAGGAAAGGGUAGCUCGUGAAGAAGAGAGGCGUGAAAGGGAAUACCGCGCCGAAUACCACGCUGAAGCACAGCGACUACGUCGUGAAGAACGGGAGUUCAAAGGUAUCAUGAGUGCCAUGUCUCAAAAGUCCGCGCUGAUCGACUUCAACGGCAACCGAGAAGCCUUACUCGGUUGGAUCCGUCAGGUCAAAGAGACUCAGAAGACAUAUGACCUUUCCGAUGCAGCAAUGAUGCUGGAAGUCGCCAACGCAGUCAAAGGGGACGCUAUGGCAUGGUUUGAUGCGGAAAGAGAAAUUGACGAUUAA